AUGACCAGCUCUCCGCUGGGCGGCCACGACGACGAUGGGUCGGACGGCUCCUCGAGCGCCGAAUUCUUCCCUUGCGACGAGUACCCGCAGGAUGUGCCUGGCGCCAUUGCUGAGCCAGUCGUGGGAUGUGCGGCGGAGGUGGAUCAAUUCGUGGUGGGCGAGGCAAGGACGGCGCGGGCCGAGCUGGACCGCAUGCGGGCUGCGCUGCUGAGGGUCAGCACCGUCGCGGUCGACUUGGCGGAGCGGUCGCUGCUCCUAGCAGAAAGCCAGAGUCUCCCGCCGCGCUCUCGCGGCAUGGAGCAGGAGGCGCGGCUGCAGCUCUACCGACGCGCAUUCGGCCACGUCGAUGUCCAACGGGCGGCAGAAUCGCGACAGGCAGCGCAUCUGGCAGAGCGGGCGCAGCGGCGGCUUGAGGCAUUGGCGCAGCUUGAUGCGACGGAGCGGCGGGCGACGCGAGCAGAGGCCCGCGCCGCAGAGUUGGAGGCGCUCCGGAUGAAGGAGAUCGGCGGGCCAAUCCCCCAGCUACGCCCAGCUCGCUGCGCGGCUCCGGGCGCAAGCAGAGUGGGAGGCGCCGUGACGAACCUCUCGGCCGGUCCCGAUGUGUUCCAGGCGCAGCGGCGGGAGCAACGACAGACCUGGGAGCGGGCGCGCCGCGCCGAGCAGGUCGCGGCUGCGGAGAGAGCCCUGACCAUCGAACGUCGCGGGCUGGCUACACUCGCCGUGACGCUCUGCUUCGCCUUGGCGGCGAACCGGCUUGGGGCGGGGGGUGACCGGCUCAAGAGCGCCCGCCGUGAUAGCGUCGGCGAUGGCGCCACGUCGCGGCAGGCCACCGGUGCCGAGAAUCCGAGUGCGGCCAGCCGCGUGAGAGCGCUACUUGGCGAGAAUACAUCUUGUGUGGCCUAA